CAGCGUGGCCAAAGGUCACCUGCACCGCCCGGCAGUGCCGGGAUCCGCCGCCAUGCCCUCCUGCCACGCAGAAUCGGUUCCUCCUCUGCCUAAUGCCGGGGAGGAAGCGUGGGGUGAGAGCUGGGGAGCGUGAGCUGUGCCCUGCUGGGGAUCAGGCUGCUGGCCAGCCUGUGGAGGCACUGCCAUGGCCCGGCAGGAGCAGAGCUUGGCAGAGCAGAAGGUAGCUGGCACCGGCCAGAAGUUCUCCUUCCUGGAAGCUGCCCAGCCCCAAGCAGGGAACCGAGCCCGCAGCUCCCAGCUUCGGUCAGCCACCCUGGGGAGCAGGGACAGUUUCUAUACGCUGCAGAAGAUGGACACCAACAAAAGCGUCAGCUGGGGCAGGCACAGCCUGGGGAGCUGGGGUAGGACUGCAGGCAGGUUCUCCAUUGGCCAUGGCAGUACCCGGAGGAAGGAGCUGAAGGAAAUCCUCCUACAGACCAACAGCCCUGGCAGCACCUUGCGGUUUGCCACCACUCAGAAGACAUCCAACAGCAGCAAUCUCCUUGCAGGGCCGCACCAAGAGCAGAAGUCCGAGCAGAGUCCUGACCUGCUGCCCCUUGUCCUUGAUCCCCUGGAGCACGCGUGGCUGCUGACGGUGGCUGAGGGCGAUGCCGAAAGCAUCAUCAAGCUGCUGGACUUGGAUCCCAGCCUGCUGACCAGGAGAGACUUUGUGACGGGCUUCACCGCUCUCCACUGGCUUGCGAAGCACGGCCACCAUGAGAGCCUCAUCCAGGUCAUCUCCCAUGCCCAGAAGAAAGGCUAUCCCGUCAACGUGAACAUUCCCACAGCCAGUGGCGGGCUCACCCCCUUGCACCUGGCUGCCUUGCAGGGACACGAGGUGCUCAUCAAAGUGCUGGUGGGAGCUUACGGGGCAGACACCAGCUGCAGGGACCACAAUGGGCGCAAGGCUUGGCAGUACCUGAGGGCAGACACCUCCAGGGACCUGAAGGAGCUGGCGGGGGCCUUGGAGGAGGACUUGGUCCAGCUGCGCUCUCACAACACCAACAACAACUGUAAGUCAUCCAAAGAGGCCAGGGCAGGGCAGGACUCUGUGGACUCUGGGGCCGAGGGGAAAGCCCAGCACCCCUGGAGCCUGUCGGCUCUCCGAGGCAUUGUUAGACAGGCAUUUGCCUUCUUCCAAGAGCACUGAAGCUCUUCUGUCCCCAUUCACCUGUAAAUCCAUGCUGGAUAGCAGCCGGAAGAGCCUGAAGGGAGCUGGGAACUUGGGAGCUUGAAACCCUGGCCAAGUGAGGAUUAAACCACGGCACCUCAGCCACCCUGGGUCUCCUGUGGUCUUUGGGGCUGUGUGUGAGGAGCACCACGGCCAUCGGAACACAGACUAGGGACAGCCCUUCCAAAAAACUGCCUGUCGGCAGAGGGGCUUUUACCCCAUGCCCAAGCUGAUGGGAACUCCUUGCUGCAGCCCCUCGGUAGGGACUCACAAGUCAGCUCUGCUCUGGGGAGCUGCUUCUCCGAUACCCCGUGUGCCCAUGAGAGGAUGCUGACCCACCACGUGUGGAUCCCAUGCUGGGGCUGUGGGUGGAUGUUUGAGCUGCCUGUCUCAGGCUGCUGGCAGACUUUAUGUGUGCCUGUAGGUGGGUCACACAGAAAUUCGGUGACUUGGUUCUCCCACCUGUAAAAUGAGAUGCCUGAGACACUCAGCCCCAUUGGGGAUGGGGGCCAGAGCACAGGAGGCAGCAAGGACACCAGUUGGGUGGCAUGGGUUGGCUUCUGUGGCGACUGGAGUUCAGGAGCAACUCUGGAAAGAUGAUUCAUUGCUCAAUACCAUGGAAAAGGUAUGUGAAGGCUGUGAGAUCAUCUUUAUUGCUACUGAGGUCAUGCUCAAAAAUGAAACUGAUAAAUAUCCCUGCAGCAGCAAAAUGCCAGGUGUAUGUACUGGUCACUGCAUUAAAAGAGUAAAGCCUCUG